CAACGACAGACGUCCAAAUACCAUUUUUUUUUUUUUUUAUAUAUAUAUUCGUCACACAAAAUGUAACAAUAAUAUUUAAUUUUAAUUUUUUAUUUAUUAUAUUAUCGUUAAAAUUUAUAAUUUUACAGUGAAGUUAUUAACGUUUUAAUACUUAAUAUUCGCAUUAUUAAAUAUUUGUAUUUUUUUUUUUUAUACUUAUAUAUGUUUAUAUUCGGGAUAGUUUCUAUAUUGUUUUAUACUACUCUACUCUCCCGUGAGCAAAAUCUAAUUAGUAUAAAACACGAGACGACAUACCUACCAACCAUAAACAAAUUUAUAUGAUGAAAACUGAAAAUCACAAUUUAUAGACCUUUGUUCAGGUAAGUGUUGGAAUGAUUAAAAUACACACCAAUAUAUUUUAUUGCCGUUCGUUUUACAACAAUAUUUACUGACCGAAAAAGCAUAAGAGCAUGUAUGCGUAUAUUAAAAAAAAAAUUGUAUACAAUCUAUACAAAGCCUUUUGUUUAAUAUUCUAAACCUUAAAGGCAGUAAAUUCAUAUUAAAAAUAUAAAUUUACUUAUUUUGUCUAAACCCGAAAGAAAAUAAUACAUCUAUUUAAAAUUAACAUUGUCAACGAAAUAUUAUUAGAAACAAAAUAUGUUGCCCUACUGGGUAUAAUUAUGUAUAAGUUAGGUACCAAAAAGAAAUAUUAUAAUAUACUUAACUACACAAUAGUAUAGUCUGAUAAGUGAUAACAUUUAAAAUUGAAACUUCCUUAUCGGAUAAUAUAUUGUACAUUGAAUAGUAUACCUGUAGACGUAGAUAAUUAAUACGAAAUUUAAUAUUUGUCGGUAUAAAUAAUUCACGACGUCGCCUUAAACUUUUAAUAAAUUUAUAAAAUACGCAUUUCCAUAGCAUUGCAUACCUACUAAUUAUCAUUAUUCACUCUAUCAUAAGCAAAACGUAUAAGUUUUCCAAAUAUUACUAGAAAUUAGUAUCACUCGAUCACCCAACUUAACAUAACCUUUGAACGAUUAAAAACCUAAAUUAAUACGUACGUGAGCACGGAGUCCGUAUACACCUGAAUGAACAAUUUGUACUCGCUUAUACUUAAUAUACGUGAAUUUACCAUCCGUGUUCACGUUUCUUAUUGUUUUUCUUAUUAUUGUAAAUACGUAUUCAGCCACAAUAUUAUUCCAAACAUUUUUGGCUGUAAUAUGAUUCACCGAGGUUUUAUUUCCGGCUGUUUUACAAGUCCCCCGUGAAAGCAUGUACACGUGAAAUAGGGAGCUCUGUAGUAUUUACCCUACACUCUAAUCUCGUGUUGCGUUUUCCAUAGUUUCAAUAACGAAAUAACAAUGCAAAAUAAAUAUUUUUUGUCACAAGUAUUUAUAAUUGUGUAUAAGAUUAAACAAUUUAUAACUAUUCCAAUAAAAAAUAAUUUAAUAUGAUCACACCACUCGUACAAUGUAAAAUUAAAAUCACUACAAACCUUAGACGCAUUAUACUUAUAUUUUAAUAACAAUCGUGUUUAACCCCAACAAUAAAUUUCGUAUCCUGCAGAAUCAUUUUAAGUUUUUAUUAUUAUUAUUAUAAUUAUUAUUGUUAUUAUAAUUAUUAUUAUUAUUAUUAUUAUUAUUAUUAUUAUUAUUAUUAUUAUAAUUAUUAUUAAUACUAAUAUUAUUAGUAUUAUGAUUAUUAUUAUUACUAUUAUUAUUAUUAUUAUUAUUAUUAUUAUUAUUAUUAUUGUUAUUGGACUAUAUUGUGGUACAUCUAAAUUAUGAACACCAUGGUAUUUGUUCGUGAAUAUCUAUUACGUGUCCACACUCCUUAUCUUAAAAAAGCUCCAUGAUAAACAAAUAGACCGGCUGAAUCUCGCCCUUAACUUUUGGACUUUCCCAGUUAACCAUCUCUCCCACAACUUAUAGAUCAUUUCCGUAGGAAGUAUAAUAUUUUGUUAUUGAUAUUGUCUAAUGGACACAUCUGUAAAAAGAAUCUUACUCUAGUAGGUAUCUAAUGGACUUGAUACUGUGUAUCCAUGUUGUAGUCAAAAUGUAGACGGUUAAAAAGUUAUUUAUGGGCAUAAACAUGAUAAGAUUGUGUAACUACUGGACACAAUAGCAUAUCAAAUGUAUCAAUUUAACAGUUUGCAACUCGAAUCAUCUUAACAUAAAAUAAUACACGAAAUAUACAAUGCAGUAAAAAGUUGUAAUAGUUGUAAAAUAAAAUGUAAACAAUAAAAACAAUAUUUACUGUUUUAGUUGUAAAAAAAAUAAUAAAAAAAAAACAAUAUUAACAGCAGCAGUUUUCAUUUUCAAAUACCACUGUCGUCAUAGAUAAUACAAAAAUGUUAAAAGUUUAUCUACAAUAUGUGAUAAAAACAUCCAUUAAAGACAAAAUCGGUUCGAAUGGUUUUUUUUUUUCAAUUAGGUGCUCGAGUUUUAGAGAGGAACAUAUUAUAACUAUAACUUUACUAUGAUGUGUGCGUUUUUAUUUUUUAUAUUUUGUGUCUGAGUAAUCAUUGUGUAUAUCCAUAGCAUCAUUUUUAAAAACCAAUAUUUUUAAUUGUUGCAUUGAAGGUCAAUUUUUAUUUUCAUCGUUGUUAUCUUAUUAAUUGGAAAAAUCUUGAUUCACGUAAUAAUAAUUUACAUUGUUUUUAUUUUGUUAAUUGCUUUAAUUUAAUUCAAAAUUAUCGUAAAAACCAGCAAUUUUCUCAAAAUACUUAUAUAUUAGUCAUUUCUAAACGUGGUAAAAUGUUCAAAAUAUUUUGGUUAUUUUUGAACUAUUAGGUGUUAGGUUUUUAUAUGGGUAAAAUUGUUUUGGCCAGAAAUGCUUGAAAAGGUUACAUAAGAUUUAUCAUAAGUAAAGACCGAAAAUAAUUACAUUUAUAACACACAAGAAUUGCAUAUUUAAAUUAUAUAAUUACACCAAAAAAUACGUUAAAAUUGCAUAAUAAAUUGCACUAUAAAAAUGUAAAAGUUAUGUAAAAAAAAAUUAGAUAAAUAUUACUUAUUUUAAUUAAAAUUGAUAAUAAGAUACAUUUCUAAAUUAUUUUCAUUAAAAUUAAAUUUUCUAUUACUUAAAAUAUGUUUAUACAAAGAAAAACUACGUUACACGUUUACACUAGUCUACACCAAUAAUUAUUGGUGCAUAUUUAAAACAAUUUAAUAAAAUAGGAGUUAUAUCUAAAUUAACAUUUGCUUUACCUGACAUGACUUCAUAGAAAGAAUUUAAAGUUUUUUACCCUUAAUUUUUUCAAUUAUAUACAUUAAUUUCUCUUUAAUUUUUUUUUCAUUUGGACAAGGAAUAUUUAUUAAAAUAUCUUCGAUUUUCCUAAAAAUAUCCAUGCUUUUCAGUAGUUCACUGUUAGAUUCUUCCAAAUUUUUAAGAUUCGUGGAUAACUCGGAUAAGUGUAAUUUUAUGAAUGCUAAACUCAUUUAACUGCAUUAUUUUAUACAAACUGUUUCAGCUUUUUGACACUUGUAGCGUCAUCUGUUUCUCACUUUGAAUCACGUUUUUAAACUCUCCAAAAUUAUUUGCAUAGAAAAGUGCAGUAUUUAACUAUUUUCCCCAUCUUGUAAUAAUAGGUUCGGAUGGUAAAGAUAUAACCGGUAUUUCUUUUCUGUAUUUAUUUAUACUCGAAAGCUUUUUUUCCUGAAAUAAACGAAAUAAGUUAAAUGUGUAUUUAAAUUUUAAAUAGGUACUUAAUAAAUUACCAUUGUUAAUCAAUUAAUUAAUGUCGGGACACGAUUAUUGAAUUUUCUCUAGAACUCUAUUAACUGCAUACGCUAUACAUGUAAUAUGAAUUAAUUUCAGGAAAAAUAUUUAUAAUGUUUUUGCUACUUUGAUCAUAUAAGUACCAACAUCACUAAUAAAAAAAUAAUACUUUUUGUUUAAUACCAGGAAAUAUGUUUAACGAGGAAUUAAUAAACUGAUAAAUAGUUUCAUAAUUGGUAGAUUCUAGUUCUUUACAUGCAACUAAGUAUGAUUUACUAGACGUCCCAUCUAAUUUACCAAUCAAUAAAUUUGCAAUAGCCAAACCUAAACGAAAAUAGCGUAUUUUAUUUUAUGAGAAAUUUAAAAAAUUAUUUAUACAAACCUCUUGGAUCGGUUGUUUUGUCAACAAAGUAUAUAAACAAAAUUAUUUCCAAUAUCACUAAUUAUUUGGUCCAUAACGCUUUUAUAAAUAUUUGGUAUGUAAUUUUUUCCUAAAAUGCUUUCGUCCAAAAUUUAUUUGCCAGUAUGUUUUUCCAAAAAUGAUUUAACACAUGAUUGCCCAACUUAUGCAAAAGAAUGUUUGCAGCAACAAAUACAUUACAUAAAUCUUUAAAAAAUACAUUUUUACUAUUCGAAUUUUGAGAAGUAAUCAAAAGCUGUUUUUUCUCUUUAUUCCUUUGUAAUGCAUUUAUGUGUUGAACUAAAAAUAAUAUAAAUGUGUUUUUGAAAUAAUAGAUAAUAUAUUACUUGUAGUAUGACCAUAAAAUACAAAACUUACUUGUUUUGGAAUGAUGAUCUAAUAUAUAUUUUCAGUAGACACAGAUUUUUUACAUACAAGACAAUAUAUAACCUUUUUAUUAUGAAAAUACUUCUUUAUUUUCAUUGUAAAGAGCAAUCCAAUUCAAAAUUUUAAUUUUUAAAGUUAAAUUUAAUUUUAGGCAUUACGUCGAAUACGUUAAUUAUGUGGUCAAACUGAUCAAAGAAAUAAGUACUAAGGUACCAACAGGUAAACGUACAUGAAUCACUGUACUAAUAUGUUGAAUUUAAUUACCACCAUAUAUAUGUAUAGACGCUUAUCGCUCGUUGGGCUUCCAAGCUUCUAGAAAAUUCCAGAUGAACGAUAAACGCCCAUGAUUUAAAAAACAUGGGAAAAUUGCAAAAUAUUGCAAAAACGUCGAAAAUUGAAAAGAAUUGCAUUAUAAAAUUAAACAAACAGAAUAUUUUUAGUAUACAUCGGCAUAUUUAAUCAGAUCUGAUUUAUCUUCAUUGCAAAAAAAGUUGCAAUAACAAUUAAAUCCGGUCUUUAAUCAUAAAUAUUAUACUUGAUUCAAAAUAUUGCUCGAAAUUCCCAACAAUUCAAACAACAAACACUUCAUUAAGUAUAGGUACAUAUUGUUGAAAAUUAUUUUUCAGAUAGAUAGUUAAAAUCCAUUAUAAUUAUCUAUAAAUAAAAAUUUAAGAAAAUAAGUUCAACUCGAUCAGAUACAUUCAGUGAACACUAUUAAAACUAAAUUACCCCUAUAUCCUACCUUUCCAAAUUCUCAUCAAUAGCAACGACCUACCUAUGGAGCUAAAUAUAUCCCGUCCAGUUCUCCAUUUAAUAUACUAUACGUAUACCCAUACAACUUUUAUUACACAACAAAAAACAUUAAUGACGGAAAUAUUAAAGUAGGUCACCCGAAAAAUGCAACUUUUUAAUAAUAUACAUAGGUGUAUGAAAAUUUCAUUAGAUUUACGAACAAAAACGAAUCAUCAAUUUUAUAAUAAAGUCGCAGGGGAAUGAAAACUAACAAUGACGAUAAAUAUAUAUACGUAAUAUUUAUUAUUGUCCGUAGAAAUAGGCCAUAAGAAACUUUGAACGCAUAACAUUGUUAAACAAAUAAAACUUUUAAAUUUAACGUGCAUAAUGCAUAUUGCAAGGGUAUAAUAUAGUAGAUAUGAAAACGGAUUUUCUCUACUCAUGUAACUAAUUUUGUUUUAUGUGUAUAUGUUUAUGUGUUAUACGUAUAUUUAUGUAAAUAUUAUUAACUCAUUCCUGUUGUGCGCGUUUAAGUAACAAUAAUAUUAUUUAUACACGGAUUUUAAAAAAUCUAAUGCCAAGAUAAAAUUAUUAAAUAUUAGUGAGAAAACAUCAGAUUUAUACUAUUUCUCGUCGGUACUGUCGUAGUAAAUAAUUAUAUGUACCGGAAGGCCACUGUACCCAGUGGCCAAGGACGCUCAUCACCAAGGACGCAAAUAUUUUAUUUUAUUAUUAUAUUAGUUUCAAUUUAAAGUCAUGAUAACUACGAUUGAUAGUUUUUCGCAAAUGAACUGGGCGGUACAAAAAAUCAACCACGUUAAAUAAUUAUUGUUCGUAUUUUAAAUUAUAAAAGUACCUAAAAUAUUUAUGAAAGAAAUUUUGGUAAUCGUUCCUAGAAUCCCGGAAAAGUUCUAAACAUUAUUUUGUUUCUCUUUACAGAAUCUAAAAAAGUUUUUAUACGAGUACAAUUGUUUAUUUUAGAUCAAUAAAUUUGACGAAAUCAAGAUAUCUAUGAUUGUUAAAAUAACAUUUAUAAUCAAACAAUAAUUGUUUAUUUUAUUUUUUAUGUAAUUUAAAAAUUGUUCAAUUAUGGAUAUAUUUGUCUAUUAGCUUUUACCUACCGUAAUAAUUUUAAUAUUAGAUUUCUUUUUUGAAAAUAAUUCUGUCAAAAUACCACCUCAUUUAGUACCCAUAUUUACAAUUUUUAAUUAUUAGACAAAUAUCUAAUUAUGAAAGAUUAAAAUAUCUAUCUCAAUAAGGAAAAUCUUUCAAUUAAAAUGAAUACAUAAUAUACCUAUUUAAAUGUUAUUAACAAUAAUUAUACAUUACAUUGGAGCUACUUUUGUUAUAACAAUUUUCCUUCCAACAUAUUAUAAUAUUUAUUGAAUGUUAUAAUGGAGGAUGAAAUAUUUAUAGAUAAUAUUUGUAAAGCUACUCAUAUGGGUACACAAAUAUAUCCCAUCAAUAAAAACGAACGUACAUUAUAAUAGCAAUCGAAUUUAAUUUAAUUUUCACUAGUAAUUUCUAAGUAAAAUCUAAUUGUAUAAUAAGCAGUUAAUUCAAACAUCGAACGACAGCUGUGUUAAUGAUUUUUGUUAAAUUAAACUGAGUCAUAUUAAUGACUGAUGUGAUAAUAAUAAUCACAUAUAUUAUUUAAAUAUUUUCUAUUGCCGGACAAAACACAAUGCCAUUUUAAAGUUUAAAAUACAUUUCCUACAUUUCCAUUUUUGAGUUUUGUCAAAUUGUUCAUGUUAAAAGUGACUAUUGCACUAAGUUGUGUCAGUUAUAUCUAAUGCCUAUUUAUAUAUAUAUAUAUAUUUUUCCCAGUACUUUCGGACAUUUGAACCGAAUGAGUUCAAACUCGGGAAUUGGAGAUUUUUUUAUAAACGGAUUCAAGUGAUCAAAUUUUGGUUGAAUUUCAAUAUGAACAUCAUGUUUUUGCGGGAGGAGUUAAUUAGUAUUGUAAAACCCUACAAAUUCACCCAAAUGAAGCCAGAGGGAUGACAUUUUACGUAUGAUGUAAGUAUCUAGAAUGUGCCUUUUGGGGGCUUUCAACCUUGCAACCUUUGCAACUAGUAAAAAAUAAACCUUGAAAUAUUCAUGCUUGUAUUACAAAAAUAUUCUGGACAUGUUAAAAUUUCCAAAAUAUUUGUACUUUUUGUGUUAUUAUUUGAGGUUUUGAAAUUUUAAAUUCUUUUUCGAUUUAUGUGGAAAUAAAUGUUUUGGCCCCGUAAAAAUGUUCGAAAAAUUUGAUUUUAAGUUCAUCGUAUUAAUAAAUUUAUUUUAUCUGACAAAAUAAAAAAAGAUUUAGCAUAUAAAUUUAGAUUAUUUACAUAUAGAAAAUUUGUUAAAAACGCGAAAAACUUUUAAUUUAAUUAAGUGUUAUUUUUUAAACUUAUCCUAAUAGUUUCGUAUGUAAAUAUGAAGCGUUUUGAUUAUUUUCGGUUCACCAGAAACAUUUUGUAAAUAAUUUUUAUACUAGCAGUUGGUACGUAUUAGCCGGCAACGUCUUGGCGAACGAAUUAUUGUUUAAUGUUUAUGAACUUCAAUGAAAUAGAAACCGACCAAAACUCUAAUCAUUCAUUUCGUCUGCAGUUCAUAACUCGAUCUGUUCAUAACUCAAAUUUGAAUUGGUUAAAUAUUCUUGCUGUUUUAAUAGCUUCAGUUUUUUACAAGGCGGGUGUGUAUAUUGUGAUACGAUAUAGUCGGGAAAUUCCUUUAAAUAUAAACAAAACUGUCGAACUAAUUUUGGCAUUUUUACUUCGUUUUCCCCCUUUUUAGAUUCUGAGUGGAGCGAAGAAUGUAUUGAUUUAACAAUGAUGCUUUUUUUUUUUCUCUGAACAACCACUCUACCUGAAUUUCGCUCCGAUUUCAAGUGUAGCUUCUUUUCUGAAAGGAAAUUUAACUGGGAUGAUACAUAGGGAGGUUAAUUCUUCCAAGGGUUUUUGUAAUAAAUAAUAAAAAUGUAAAAAAAGAAUAGGAAAAUUUACGAAAUGUAUUAUUUUCAAAUCGUAAAUAUUAUGGCAUUUCAAAACAUGUUUAAUCGAACAAUUAUUAGCAAUUGUUAGCAAUGAUUAAUUAGUGCAUACAGCUGAUAUACAUUAAAUUUUCCCUCUACUUUCCCAACUUCUCAUCUAUAACAGUGGCCCAUCCGUAGUGUGAAGUAUGUCCGGUUUUUUUUUUUUGUUUCUUUUGGAUACUUGCAAAAAUAUGAAAUUAUUUGAUCAUUAACAUUAUGACGAUAACCUUUUUCACCGGGAAUUUACAAACACCAACGAUAUGUUCACGUUUAAAUAGUGUUGCUAUUAAUUUUCACAAAUUAAUAAUCAAAUUGAUUUCCUCUUAUAAUAUCAACGAUGUUUAUAAACGAGUAUAACGGUAAAAUAUUUUUUUCAAAAUCAACUGGUACACAGUGAUACACAUCAGUGAUGUAUCUAAGAUUUUCUCAAUGUGGGGAGGGGGUGAUAUAAUUAAUGUUUGUACCUAUUAUUUUAUACAUAGAUAUGUAUAUUAUAAACAUAUUUAUUUUUAGAUAAAAUAAAAUUUUUUUUCUACCAUAAUAUUUUAGCUUAUAGGAAGAGAUUUGAAGGGAUAUCCUUCCACACCCCCGUAGAUUCACCACUGGUACACAUACAAUUUUGGUACGGUAACAAUAUAAUUUGCUCGGAGUUAUGUAUAGCUCGUUUUUAUCAUUACCCUAUCAUUUAUUACAACAGAUGGGUAACUCCAUAAUCCUUUACUGCUAUUUAUGCAUCAUAUUAUUUAAUAAUUGUGUAUUGAAAAUUAUAACAUACAUCACAUUUCUAUCGGUAUAGAGUAAUCAACUAUUUUUGGUACCAAUCGCUAACUUAAGUAUCGAACAACCCCUAAAAUAUUGACUAAAAAAAAAAAAAAUAAAAAUAAAUUCUUGAACCAUAAUUAUAUGCACCACAAAACAAAAAAACAUUUAUACCAGCGGAGUGCAUUUAAAAAGUUUAAUUCUGCAGUGAAAGGGUUAGUAAUACAAAUAAAAGGUUUUUUAUCGGUUUUCUAUUGCAGGAGCAAUAUAUUUAUGGUAGAAACAUAAGUCGUAAAAAUUUAAAAUAAUGAAAUCAUUUAAUUUGGAACAAAUUGUAUGUAUCACCUUUUUUGUUUUUUCCAAUUAUUUAAAAAGAUACUUUAGAUAUCAAAAAACGAUUUACUCUCACAGUAGAGAAAUAUUAAAAAGAACAAAAUCGAUUUCGUGACAUUAUUGAAUUGGAACAGUAUGUUUUCUGGCGUUAACAUAAUAAAAACAAUGAAAACGGUAACGCCGUGGUACACUAAAAUAUUUACCGUUUCAUCCAUAAACAACUUUCGGGUUUUUUCCAAUUAUUUCAAAAACCACUUGAAAAAUCAAAAAAUCACCUCCUCAAUGCACCAACGAGAGAAAAUUAUCUUUCAAUAAAGAAGAAUGCUAGUAAGGAGCAAGUAUAGUCUAUACUUUGGAGCAAGUUUUCUGGUAAAAAAGUUGUUCACAGACACAAAAAACUACAAAAUAAUGAAAAAUACACACAUAAUAAAACUAAUAGAUCCCUCACUACGCUUCGAAUCUAAAAUAUAACUUAUGAAUAUUUAUACUUAUUCUACCCGACUAUCUCAAAUCCCAAUUACCGGGAAUACCCACCCGCCCAAAAUAUGACGUGUAGUAACAGAUACACUCAAAGUAUAGUUUGGACGCCACUUCAAGUAUAGGCUAGGUAGUACAGUACAAGGGAUUAUGUUCAAACCUUUCUUACUAACAAAAUUUUUUUUUCAGAAAUGAUGCCACUAAAAAUUUGGAGAAAGAUUUCUGAUAGAAAACAAAAAUCGUACAAAUUUUAAAUAAUGAAAUCGUUAACGACGCAGCGUGAUGCCAUAAAUAUGUCUUUGUGCGGUUUUCCUAUAUGGUUUUACCCAAUUAUAAUAAAAAACCGUUGGAAAAUUAAAAAAAGUGCUGAUACUGGGGACGGGUGCGGCCACUGUUGUAGGUGGGAAGUCGGCAAGGUAGGAUACAUAAAGUUAUUUAAUUUACACUUGUAGGCAACAAUAAACCAUUGCUAACAAAAAACAAUUUGGAACGAAGUUCAUUACACCUUCAUGUUUUGAAAAGCCCUAAUACUUACAAUUUUCGUCAAAUUUUGAGCAUUAAACUCAUAUUUGACUUUUAGACUAAGUACAACUUAUAAUUCACCUUGUGUUAAAUUUUAAAGCACUUAUUUAAGUCAUAUUAUUUUAAUAACAAGAACAGAUACCUACCAAAUAAAAAUACACAUAAAAACACUAUAAUAUCAAGUACCUAAAAAUAGUUGGAAUGUUUUAAAAAUGUUACCACAUCUACAAUAAGCUAAUAAAAGUAUUUUGUAAAAAUUACGAGUCUCUACAAUAAUUUUUGCCCGUAUCAAAUGCCGUAAACUUUGCCAAAUUUCUUACGUUUUUUCCCGAUUUUCGUAAAUCAAACGACUUUGUUACUCUCAAACUAGACGUUUUUUUUUCAGAUAAUAUGCUAUUAUUGAAAUUUGGACAAAUAUUUCUGGUAGAAAAAUAUAAUCUUAAACAUUUUAAUUGAUGCAAUCGUUACGCCGUAAUUUGAAAAAAAUCGUAUUUUGUAUCGUUUUUGUUUUUUCCCAAUUAUUAUGAAAACUAUUUAACACUUCAAAAAAUGACUUUUUGUGUCAGUAGCUAUAUAAAAAGAAUUUAAUCGAUCUCUUGUCAAUUUUUCGGUUAGAAUAAUAUUUCUGGUAUAAAACAUUGUUAACAUAAACAAAUUAAACGCCACUGUGCGCUGUAAAUAUUUGCCGUUUUAUUAAUAAUUUUCUUUCCUGUUUUUCCCAAUUAUUUUGAAAACUAUAUUAUUUUAUAGUUAUGUAUAUUCCUGUAUUAUAUUUAACUACCUAAUUAAAUGUCUCUUAAUUAAAAUCAUAAAUAUGAAAACACUGUAAACUCACAUAAAUAUAAAAUUAACUCGCGGGCUCUAUAUAAUUAUUAUUAUGUUAAAUGUGUAUAUUGCACUAAUAAAUGGGAUAUACUGAGAAACAGUGUAGCAAAUUUCAAUACUUAAUCGCUUUAUCAAACCUACUAUAAGUACCUACUCUAUAAGGAAUUGGAAAUUUCGAAUUUUGAACAGCCCACGCAUAAAUUAAUUUUUUCAAUUCGAUUAUUGUUUAUGAAAAACGUAUACAAAUACCAUUUAUUCAAACUGACCAUACCGUAUGGUAUAAAUGAUUAUAUUUAACAAAACAAACAAAGACUGAUAUUAGCCAUUGUUGUGAGCGGGUUGUUGGAAAUUUAAGAUAAAUAAUCUAAUCCUUUGGAAAAUUAAAAAAUGACCUCUCAAAUGCAUCAAUAAAGUUUCCUUUCAGAAGAGGUACUGCACUCCAUACAUAGGAGAAAGAUUUCUUUUGGAGAAUUUGUUUACUUAAAAGCACACAUCAUAGUAAAAUCCUUCACUACACUCCAAAUCUAAAAUAAUAAUAAUAUAUUGGAUUACGAUUCGUAUUUUAUUUCCAAAUUUGUACCUCACUACCUCCUACUGAUCAAAACUUUAAAAUAUUAUAUUCUAGACAGAUAUUGUGAAAAUGGUAUCAAACAAAUGUAUCAAUUCGUAUAUGCUCUACAAACACAUUAACAGUCAACGUAAUUUAUAAUCCAAUAUUUUAUAGAAAACAUAACAGAAUAUAGUAAAUGUGGGAUCACAAAAUAAAACAAUCGUGGUAAUCCAUGAUAACGUCUAAUAAUAAGCGGGUAUCAAUCGUUUUAAGAGUCAUGACAAAAAAACUUAAACAAUCUUAUAGAAUCUUGAAACUUUUUUUUCCCCUAUGUACAAUAAUAGUUUAAAACUUUAUCAGUGUGAACUCAAAUUACUAUUAUAAAUAUUUUAACGAAUAAGAUGUUUACAAUAUUAUAAAAUAAUCUAAACACUAAAAUGUCUAUAAUUUUGUUUUAAUCUUUUCAUUAUUCCCUAAACUUUUACAUCAGGUUUUCAAGUUAAUGUCAUUUUUUAUUGAAUUUUUAUUAAUUUGUCAGUAUGGUAAACCACGCUAUUUUUGUAACUAAACUUUACAAUAUAUUCGGACAUUUCAUUUAUUAUUCGAAGAAAGUUUCUUAAAUAUAAACCUAACUAAACCUAACCUAACAAAUAGAAAACAAAUUGUAAAGUUUAAAAUCCAUACCAUUCAAUUUCUAUCAGAAAUGUAUCUCAAAAUUCACAUUUUCAGAUAAAUAAUACGUCGCAUCAUAUUAAUAAGUUAUUUUAUUAAUAGAAGUCUAACGAAAUUUUCAUUUGACUUUUACCAGUGUUGUAAACAAUAUUUAUACUAUCGUGAAUUAAUACCAUACCUAAUCAAAAUAAAAAAAUUAAAAUUUUUUAGUAGGUUUUCACUGUAUUGGGAUAACCUUAUCAAUAAGUAAUAAAAUAAUAGUAAUAAGAGUUAUGUCAUUUUUGUAUCAGGUUUAAAGAAAGUUUAGUAUAAAAAAAAAAUGCUUAACGAAAAUAUUUUUAUAAUAGAUACUAUUAAUCGGCGUUAAAACUUUCAAAGAGGAUGGCGGCUGAAUGUCAUAUCUAAUUUAAAUGAUAAUGACAAUGGGUUUCAACCACAUAUUAUGUAUGAUACUAUGGCCUUUGAUAUAUGACUCGAGCUCUUUUUGAAAAAACACAUAUUAUAUAAAUGAUUGUUAUAUACAGGGUGUUAGCGGUUCUACCGUAUUUAUUUUCGUCAGUACAACGAAGUAUUAGGCAUUUUGUAAGUAUUUAUACCAUAUUCUGUUUUAUGGGAACUAUAUAAAUAAUACAGUAAAAUUAAACAUUAUUGUGAUUUUAAUAUUGUAAAAACGUUUUAUCAAAUUUAAUAACGUAUUAUUUAAAUUAAGUCGUUCUCAAAAAAUUUUUAAAUAUAUUUCAAUAAUUUACUCGUGCUUAAAUGUAUUCCGAACAUUAACAUUAUGAAAUAAUCUAUUUGACUAUUAACCAGUAUAUUUUGUGGUCAAAAAAUAUUAAUCAGAUUUUAUGCGGCUUAACUAACAAUGACCUAAUGCGACAUUAAUUCUGAAUAAUCCUAAUGCCGCAUUGGUCCCUUUUAUAUUAAAUAAAUGAUUUACAUUUUUAUUUUUAUUAUCAAAUCCAAGAGAAAUGACCCAACAACCAUUUUUUUGAAUUAAAUAUUAUGUCCAUUAUGUACAGUAAAAUAACCAAGGCUGGGCAAGUUAAUGCUUUUUUUUUUUUUAACUCAGUUAAAUUAAAAAUUAAUUGAAUUAAUAAAAGUUAAAAUUUACCAUUAAUUUAUCUUAAUUUCAAUUAAUAAAUUAAUUUAAAAAUAAGAUAACUUGAAAAAGAAAUGCAUUGAUUAGGUAUUAAAAAUUAAAAUACUCAAUGAGAGUGAAUGCAAGUAUAAAAUAUUAUCUAUUUAUGUAUUUUAAACCUGUAGAGUUGUAGAAUUUAUAGAACUGUAAUCAUAAUUCAAACUCAGGGAUUUAAAUUUAAAUUUGCGUGUAAAAAUGGUUAUUGUAUUAUUUAACAUUAAUAAUGUAUUAAUUUAUAAAACAAAUAACUUAAAUAAAGAAGUACAAAAAAAAACUAUUAAAUUUCAACAACAGAUAGGUAAUACCCAAAUUAUACCAAACUAGGUAUUAUGAACAUAAUUCGUGGGUCUUGGUUAUUUAUAUCAUUAUUAUUACGAUAAAUUAGUUUUAUCUAUAUAUUUUUAUAUAUUUUGUUUUUCUGUUUAUUCUUAUUAAAAUAUUGUACAAUCUGUGAAUAACAUUUACAAAAAGUAAAUAUAAAUAUAAAAAUAAAAUUUCUUCGUAAAUAUAUUCUUAUUAUUUAAUUUUUUCUAAUAAUAUUUGAUAAUUUUCCAUAUUCUAGUUACUCUGAAAUAUAUACAUUUCUAAUAUUUUAAAUGAACAACGAUAAUGAAUAAAAUAUUUUUCAUGAUAAUAUCAAAAUUCAAAAUUAACUUAAUUGAGAAAGAUACAAAAAUUUAAAUUGAUUUCAAAUUAAGUUAAUUAAAAUAGCAAAACUAGUAAGUUAAGUUAAUAAAUUGAAACUAACUUAACUUUUAACUUAUUAACUCGUUAAUGCCCAGCCUUGAAAAUAACUAAGUUUCAUUCAAAAAUAACUAUAGUGUAACUAUAAUUAAAUAAUUAAUUUUAUAUAAACAUAUACAAUUUUAAAAAAAUAAUUGUUUAUAGUUAGUUCUCAGCUUUCAAAUUUAUUGGCAAACAAUAAGUUCAAUCAUUCUGUAUAGAAAUUCAUGAAACAUAUUGUACAGUGUACACUGAUAGUGUAAGAGAGCCAGUGGUGUAUUUGAGGGGAGGACAAUAAGGGCGAUUGCCUCCCCUCCAUAGAUUUAUUUGUAGGUAUUUGUUAUAUACAUUUGAUAUGUAUAUAUAUGUAUAAUCACAAAAAUCUAAGAAUCUCCUUUGAAAUUGAAUGCUUAGCAUAAUUUCUGCUAGAAAAGGAUCAUCAUACAUAAAAUUAAAAAUAAAAACACUUCAUUUUAAGAUCAAUACGGUAGAAUAUAAGCUUGUGUAAAUAAAUUGUGUACAAUAAUCUUAGUGUUGCCUCCCCCCUAAAACUAAGUCAAAUACGCCACUGUGAAGAACGGAGUUAAAGCGUCGUGCCGCCGUUCAUUAUUAAAGGCGAUCUUAUCGAAAGUCAUUAACCGCUGCCACAAUCCAGCUCCCAGAUAUCCAUAUUAUACUAUAAUAUGGGUAUCUGUGGUCAGCUUGUCCUCCACUCUUUGCCUCGCCCGGGCUUUUUUUAUUCGUCGUGGUCACAGAGUGCUUUAUCGUCUCCCAUCCACCGUUCGGGACGUGGAUGAUCGUGGUCAGUGAACCACUUUUUGCCGUUGCUUUAGUUCUUUUCUUAUUGUUCCGUUGUCACAUGUAAACAAUCCGAUAGUUGUACGGAUUGUUCGGUACAAUGGACAUGGAAGGGGAGGACAUGGGGCAUAUAUCCCCUUUUCCAUGAGCUGUAUUUGUAUAGAAUAUUGUUAUUUUAUACAAAUUGGAAGUUCGAAUGCAAAUUUUCAAAAUUAUUAUAAAAUUAAAAAAUUACAAAAUAUGUUCAAUCGUAUUAGUAGGUACUAAAAUAUGCAUAGUUUAUUAUCUACUAGGUAAGCAAUAUUCUUAAUAGUUUAUAUCAAAAUAAAUAAUACAUUUCACUUUAAACUUUAUAUACUACACGUUCGAACAUGAUUAGGACGUUGCGAUUUUAAAAACGCUACAACGUUACAGACGUCCCAUUUAAUAAUUUCCUAUCCAUGCUGAUGAAUUAAAUGUUUAUAAAAAGAGAGAGGCGUUGUGUGGGGCUAACCUCCCACUGACCACUGACCACUGACCCACUGUCCCCUGAAGAUUUAUUUUGAUAUCCUACCCUUAAAACAUUCUUAAUUACGCCACUGGUCCGGUCAACGAGUUGCAUUUAUAAAAACAUAACGGAAACCCUUUCCCGCCGUUGUCAUUGAAGCGACUGUCGUAUACGCAUAUUCGAACGGAUUGUUUUGAUUAACUGCUGUCAACGUGUAUCUAAUUGCAACAGAUAGGUAUUUAAUACAAAUGGAAAAUUUAUAAUCGAUAUUCGACGUUUAGCAAAAAAUUAAUAAAUAUUAUAGUCAUUUGAAAUAAAUAAUAUUAGACGCUUGUCGGUGGGCUGCAUUUUUAGUUUUUUUUUUUCUUAGUAGUUCUUAGUUUGUGUAAAGUUAUUAUUAAUAAUAGUUUAUUAUUAUUUCGCACACAGUCAUGCCGAACUCCCCAGGAUAGCCCGUCGCAUUUUAACGUUACGCAUUUAGCGUUCAUUGGUGGUUCAUGAUGGAAGACAACAAUCGUAAAAAUUCCCGAUCUGUGGCGGUUCAGAACACGCUCCUUAAAUCACCGGUAAAAUGUGAAAACCAAGACAUAGAACUCUUCGACAAAGAGCGACGGAAUGACGAAAAAAUUCAAUCGAAAAAAACUGAAUUGGAACCCAACUUAGUCGGGAACAAGCUUAACGUUGCCUUACUAGUACUAUUGUACUCACUGCAAGGUAUACCGGUAGGAAUUUCAAUAGCCAUCGGGACAUAUAUACAGAAUUCAAAGAUCUCCUACGUUCAACAGGUACGACCUAUAAAUAGAUGAGAAUGUUUAGAUAUUUAUUUUAUUUUUUUUUUUUUUUAUUAUUAUUAUUAUUUUUAUUAUUGGUAAUAAGAGAUUCGUAUAAAGACAAGGCCAGCAUAAAAAAGCAAAACCUGAAAAAACCAGAGCUGCUUUUAAUUAUUUAUUUUAUUAGGUGUAUAAGUAAUAAAACAACUAUAAUAAAUAUGACAAAAAUCACGAAAUUAAAAAUACAAUGUUUUAUUAUAUAAUACAUUUAUUUAUUUAUUAAGGUGCAAUAACAAUAACAUAUUUCCAAGUAUAUUAUAAAAAAAAACGGACAUACUUCGCAUGAUGCCACUCAUCGUGCGAAGUUAGGUUCUAGGUGAGAAGUUGGGAAGGUAGGGUAUAAUAGGAAAUUUAAUGUUCAUCUGUACACAAUGAUUAAUCUUUACUAACCAAAAACGAGUCUGAGUAGAGUUCGAUUAUACAUGUUUUAAAAGGUCGUAUUAUUUACGAUUUUUGUCAAAUAUUUGAUAUAAAAUCAUUGUUAAAUUCAGGUAUAUAUCAAGGGGUUAUCGCCUUCGCUGGAAUUUUGUUUGCCCGCUUAUUCAUUUUUGGUAAAUAAAUAAUACAUUUUUUAAAAUAAAGGUAAUUACCAGGGCUCGGAUAGGAUACGGAGAAAAAAAGCAGAAUGACUUUUAUGACUUUUAUUUUAUGCACCAAGGAUUGGAGUCCUUUGGAUCCUUGGUUCCUUAAUGGAAUUUAUGAAAUUUUAUAUUGCUAUUUUUUGCAUAUUUGAAGUAUUUUAGAUUAUUAAUGCUUUUUAGUUUCUUUUUAAAUAUUUUUCAUGUUUUGUGGCAUACUACAAUUUAUUUUAAAAUUUUUAAGGUCAUAUUAUAUUGAAAUUUAAAAAUUAUAACUAAUUUGACUAUCCUUUCAUGACCCAACCGAUUUCUUAGUUUAUAAUUCCAUAUGAAACCAAAAAUUGAAAAAAAUAAUUUUUAUGAAGCAAAACUAGGUGGAACAGUUGGCUAAUAAUAAGAAAAGAACAAAACUUACAGGGCAAAUAAUAUUUUUCCUUAAAAAAUGAUCGGCUACGCUCAGAUUUUAAUAUAUCAUAUAUACCGAUAGUCUAAGAUCAAGUCCUAUUGGGCGAUUUUCAUUACUUACUAUUAUGUUCGUUUUAGGCCAAGUAUAGUACUGUCGACUUGCCGUUCACUUUAAAACUGUUAUGGGCACCAUUGGUGGACGCAAUUUAUUCGAAACGAAUAGGCAAACGAAAAUCGUGGUUGAUUCCAGUACAGAUUCUUAUAGGUAAACUUUAACAACGGUCGUGAAUUUUCUGAAUAUAAUUUUAACUGCUACGAAUUUUUCCACAGGACUGUCAUUUUUAUACGUUGGAACAAACAUAAAUGUCUGGUUAGCCAAAGACCACCCUAAUAUAACCAUACUGACGAUAGUAUUGUUUGGCGUGAACCUUUUGUCUGCCACCCAGGACAUAAUCAUCGAUGGAUGGGCCUUGACUCUUUUGAGGAGGUAAUAUUAUUGAACUGGUGCUAAAAAUUAUUCUUUAAUAUUAUUUAGAACUUACCAUAGUGCAUGAAUAUAAAAUUAUAUGAUUAUACAAGAAAUAUUAAAAUAUUCAUUAGAUCUUUUAGAACAAACGGACAUACUUCGCACGAUGGUUGGGACACUGUUGUAAGUUAGAAGUUAGGAAAUUAAAGGGGAAAUUUAAAGUAUAUCUAUUCGCAACGAUUAAUCAUUGCUAACGAAAAAUGAUUUUGAGCGGAGUUCGGUUAUACAUGUUUUGAAAGGCCGUAAUAUCUACGAUUUGAAAAUAAUACAUUUCGUAAAUUUUCUCGGUUUUCCCAUUAAUUAUAUAAACCCCUUGUGAAAAUCAAAAAAAAUGACCUCCUCAAAGUACUACACCAUUAAAAUUGCCUUUCGUAUAAUGUGCUACUCUUGAAAAUUGGAGUAAAAUUUCUGGUAGAAAAGUUGUUCGCAAGAAAAAUAAUAAUCUUUACAAAACCAAUAUCCUCGCUCCGCUCAAAGUCUAAAAGAUUGGAUACUACUGACGGGUAUGCCACUGUUAUAACUUGUAAGUUGAUUAAGUACAAUAUAUAGAGUUAUUUAAUGCAUACUUGUACGCAACGACAAAUCACUGCUAAGAAAAAACAAUUCUGAACAAACUUCGAUUAAAGAUAUUUUGAAAUACCGUGGUUUUAAGAUUUCUGUCAAAAUUUGAACUUAAACGCUUAUAAAAAAUAAAUACUUCAUCAAGCUCAACUUUUUCUUUACCAUUAUACAUAUAGUGAUGUAAGUAUAAGUAGAUACAUAGUGACAAAAUUGGCAUUUUAAAAUACGUUUAACUGAAUUUUAAUCAAUUUCAAUCAGUUUUUCGUUAGCAAUGAUUGUUGUUGUGUACAGAUACAAAAUAGUGGUAUCUUACCUUCCCAACUUCCCACCUAAACCUGUCUGCAGUAUCACAUAUCCUGUUUAUAUCUAUCAAUCAUAAUAUCACAAUAUAGCAUUACAUCUGUUUAACAAAAUCUAUACACAUCACUCUGUAGCCUAAAAAAUUAAAUUAAAGUGCAGACAAAUCGUGUGUUGGUGAACAGGAACACGUAAACGACUUAAAAAAAAAAAUGUGAAUAUAAAAUGAUUAGAUUUCUGUAUAGUAAUUUAUAAUUGGUUAUUAUUAUAUGGUCUAUUAAAAAAGAAAACAGUGUUUGCAGCUUUUGGCGUCGACAAGUGUGUCCAUUAAUGAUUAGAUAAUUCGAGGAGUACAAAUUCGUCGACUAGUAAAAAAAAUAGACUUAUGGAGCAUUUAAUGUGUGCACCGGGCCAAUAUAUUAAUCGCACCACGCUGUCAAAACGGUUUUUUUUCCGAUUUCUUUUUAUUUUAACCACAGUAAAGAGCUUUAAGAGCUUAUAAAAUUUAAAGUAGGUACAUAAUUUCGGGUAUGUACCUAUACAACAAUUUUUUUUUUUUUUAACACCAACUUUAUCGUCUUUAAAAAAAUAUUUAUACGCCAUACCUUCUGUGAACCUCACAAACUACCACUGGUUAUGAUAUUUUCAUGUAUAAUUUUACGCUCUUAGGGAGAACGUAGGAUACGCGUCCGUGUGCAACACAUCCGGUCAAGCGUUGGGCAUUGCUCUCGGGUACGUGUUCUUCAUACUGCUCGAGUCCGAGGAAUUUUGCAACAAGUGGCUGCGUUAUACAGACAAAAGAGGCGGCGUCGUUACGAUGGAAGGUAAAUUAUUAUUACCUACUCUGCAUCAACAGUUUAAGGGACUGCACAUGACCUGUUUUUUGUCCAAAAACAUGAUUUAUAGUAAUAACUCUCUUGCCCCUAAGAGUGAUCUGAUUCAAUUUUUUUUUUUCGUUAGAAAUAUGAAGACUUUUUAAAGGGUUUAUUUAACUUUGAUUUUUUUUUAAAAUUAUAUUUCCAAACGAUAAAAUAAGUUUUAUAUGGUUAAUUUUCACAACUUAUAAAUUCUGAGAAGAGCGAGGAAUGUUUUGGUUUUACAGUGGUGUUUAUUUUUUAUACUGUGUACAAAAAUUCAACAAGAAAUCUUGCUCCAAAGUAUCAAGUAUAGCACCUUUUCUGAAAGGGAAUUUUUCUCUUCCAAAGGUGGUCCUUUAAGGAGGUAAUUUUUUGAUUUUCCCAGGAAUAUUCCUAAUAAAUGUAAAAAACCGGAGGAAUAAUACACCAAUGAUUUUCAAUUUUGUUGUUUUAUUGCAAUUCAGUAAAAACUAUUCGUAGAGACUUAGAAUUUUGACAGAAACUUUAUAUUUGCUAAUUAUAAAUGUGAUCACAUUUUCAAAAAAUUUAAGCCAUUUUUAAGCUGUUAACAUUUUAACUUUGCGAGGUAUUUACAUAAUAUUUAAGACCAAACAGAAAUGCUUGACAAUUUAACAUGAGGUUCAUUAUAAGUUAUUAAGUUAUACUCAGUGGUCAACAAGAAAAAGUUGCGUUUAAUGUAAUAUUUUUUUUUUUUUUAUAUAUAUAUAUAAGAAUUUUAUUAUCGAAUUUUGACGAAAAUCGUAAAUCUGUCUUUUAAACAUGUAUAACCGAACCCAGCUCAAAAACGUGUUUUGUUAUCAAAAAUUAAAUCGUUUCGUACAGAUUUAUAUUAAAUUUCCCUCUAAUUAUAUCUUCCCAACUUAUCACCUACACCAGUGGCCCACUCAUCGUGCGAAGUAUGUUCGUCUUUUAUUGUUUUGAUUCAGUUAAACAUUUUUGUAGAGUCUUGAAGUUUGGACAGAAAACUUAUAUUGCCUUUUCUAGACGUAGUAAAAUGUUCAAAACAUUGUAACCAUUUUUGAGCUACUUAGACAUUUUAAUUUUAUAGUUUUUUUACGUAAUUUUUGUCCGAUAGGUACUCUGUGGAUAAAAUUGUUAAACUAAACAGAUAUACUAGACAAUUUAAUACGAGGUUCAUUGUAAAUAGUACUUUGUGGUAAAAAAAAAUUUAGGAUAAUGUAGAAUUGAUUUCUCAUAAUAAUUGUAAUAUCAAAGUUUAAAAACAACAUUGUUAAUAGUGUUAACUGAACUCCGCUCAGAAUCGUUUUUCGUUAGCAAUGGUUAAUUGUUGUGAACAUUAAAUUUCCCUCUACCUUCCCAACUAGCUAUUGCUAACAAUUUGUACAAAACUACAAGCAAAACCAUUAACUUGUAUCGGAGUAGCCCACUUGCGCCCGCGCUCUUUUAUAACCCAUUUAUGCGCGAAAUCAUAACACCCAUUUGCACCCAAAAUAUUUUUAAUAAAAACGCGUUAAAACCGUACAAUGUUGCCAACCUGUAUGCUGAAAUAGGAUGAUUGAAUUAUUUAUACUAUUUUAUUUUUGUGAGAUUGACUACAGUGAAUAAUAAUUUGCGUGAAUUAAUUAAGUGUUCAAUUAAUAAAUCCUGUAUUUUAUGUAAAUUAGUGUCAUAUUAAUUAUUUUUUUUUAAACACGAAAUGUUUUCAAAAUUAUAAAAUUUGAACUAUAUUAUUAAGACAAUUACUAUUAAAGUAUUAAAACCUACUUAUCUACUUAAUUUAUGUAUCUAUUUUCUUUUUUAUGAUUCUUUUUUUUGUUUUUUAACUUUUCUUGUAUACCUCACACAUAUCGUGUAACACAUAAUUGCGAAAUCAAUAUAUAUAUAUAUUAUAUGCUACAAUCGGAAUUAAACGACCAUGAGCAUUUAAUCAUGACGACAACGUUGAAUGCAAAAUCAGCGCAUAUGGGUUAUACAUUGCAGGUAGUACCUUAUCUUUCGAGCGCAUCUGUCCACAUCCCUAGGGGUGCAAAUAGGCUACUCUGGUGUGCCAAUGGGUUGUAGCCAUUUGAUAUAAUAAUUGAUACACAUACCGUACAGUAAAAAAUGUAUUAUUCAAUAAGUUUAUUUAGUUACGACUUGAGCCUUCUAAAACAACGACCAUAACAAUUUUGAAGACGGAAAUUUAUACGCGUUACAUAAGAUGUUAGGGACUAUUGAGGACUGUGACUGUGGCAGCGAUGAUCGCAAGGAUUAAAUUUGUAUCGUGAAAAGAAACACGCAUCGAACAUUGUAGACAUUUCAACUAAUUAUCAUUGUUGACUAUUGCAAUAAUUUAGUUUUCAUUAAACAAAUUAUUCUGAUACAGAAAAAUAAAAACCCAUAUCUGAAGUUUCCCUAACUCUUUAAAACGAAAACAAUAAUUUGAGAAUGCAUUUCAUAUAACAAAAAAAAUAUGUUCGGCUAUGGUACUUAAUCUUCUUCGCAUAUCUAUCCUGGGAUUGGUUUGCAGCAAUUUUCCAUUCUUUCCUAUUUCUCACUUUUCCCUUAACCUGUUCAUACGACGUAUAUCCUUAGUCCAUCCUUGUCACAUAUAUUCUAAGCACGGUCUCCUAUGAUUUGAAACCUUCUAUAUUAAACCUUUCUACAAUUAACUAUUCAUGUCUAUGGCCUAUGUCUAUUUCUAUAAGGUCAAUCCAUUAAUUUCUUCUUUUCUGGAUUCUAUUCCAUAUAACUCUCCACUCUGACAUCCUUUCUAAUACUUAAUUCUUCAUUGGUUACCAUAUCCCUCCAACUUAUAUUGAGCAUUCUCCUAUAGCACCAAACUUCAUCACUUCUAUUAUUUUCUGUUUGUCAUUAACAACAGUCCACGUUUUACUGUCAUAUAGCAUUAUGCUCCAAACGUAGGUUUUAAGAAGUUUUUUCUGAUAUGGAAUCUAAUAUUUUUCUAAGUAAAUGAUGCCUAUAAUAUGUAGUCUAUAAUACUAAUAUAUAUCAUAGAUUUAGAACAUUUAUAUUUGUCAGUCGUAUACUAAUUUCUUCCAAAAGCGAGUUAAAUCGAACAAUAAUUAUAUGAAAUCUUUUUACUUAAUAAAAAUGCAAAUAAGUAAUGACGAUGAUGAUUUCUACAUCUCUUUUUAAGUUCAAACCGUCUAAUUUUACAACAUAUUAUCUCCAUCAUCAUUAAAAUAACACACGGUAACCUUAGAAAAAAAAAUCGUCAAUUAUAAUAUUAUAAUUAUUCAACAUAUUAAUAUGACGUUAUUAAAACGAGUUUCAAAAUCGACAGAAUUAUAAUUUUAAUAUUCUAGCUGAAAUAUCGUCCAUAGAGUGUUUAAACAUGUGCAUGAUAACCAUUAACCUAUUAUAAUUAUAAAUACCCACUAUCAUAUGUUUUACUACUUUGAUUCACUAUAGUUUAUAUAAAAAUCAACAUUCAAAUAUAAUAUUAUUUUAAAUAUUUCUAAUUUGAACAAGAGUACUCUAGGUAUUUAAAUAUAUAUAUCUUCCCGAGUAGAUACUUACCUCAUUUGUAUUAAAACGAGUUUCUGCGGUUGCUGGAAUUUUUGAAGUUUCAUGCUAUUUUUAAAUUACAUGUGAUAUGUCUUUGGAGAAUAAUAAUGUUAGUGUUCGAAAAUAUCUGUAUAAACAUCAUUGGAUGUAGUAUUUUCUUCGUCUUUAAAUUCCUCGCAAAAUAAAAAUUACUACCCAGAAUAUUUAUAUAACUAAUAUAACUAUAACAAAUAUAUACUUAACAAAUAUAACAAAUAUAACAAAUAUAACUAAUAUGUUUCCAUUUUUUUUUUCAAAUUCAAAACUUGACAAAUUCGAUUUAUAAUAAUAUUACAUUGUUUGAUAAUUGUCGAUCAUACGAUUCGUGCAUCACGUGUCUUGUAGAUUAUGUAAACGUGGUAUUAUUUCACCUUAUUAUUUGUAUUUUACAAAUAUUAUAAUUUAUAAUUAUUUAUGUGCCAUUUAUAAUAGACUGAUUACAAUAAUUGGCUUACGAUUUAUAAUCGACAGUUGGGAAGAACUAUAAUAUAAUGAUACCUAUAUGGUAAAACUCGAAAUUAUUUAAAAUAAAUACUUACUUAAUUUUUAUUCCGUGGUGUUUAGAACGUUAAUUUUUUUUUAUUUUUUUUUUAAUCAAACAAUAAUAAACUUUUUAUAAAAACAGUUUUUUGUAUUAUUUGCAUAAAGGAUACUUAUGCUUCUGGGGAAUACUAUACAUUGUGGCCUCCACGUGUAUCGCGAUUUUCAAAAAAGAAAAAUGUGAUCAGUCCAAUACAAAUAACCAAACAAACGUCAUGCAAACGUAUAAAUUGCUUUGGAAGAUCAUAAAUCUCCAGACGAUAAAAGAUUUCGCCGUAGUUAUGUUGGCAUACGAAGUAAUAAUACUAUUGUAAUUUUGCAUACUUUUUGAAUACACGUCGGUUGAUUUAUUUUUUUUAGGUAGCAUUCACGUCCAUUGGAUCAUCGUUGACGAAUCCAAAAUUUAUGGAGUAUGGUGUCGCAAAAGAAUAUUUAGCUCUAGUCGACAUGUCUUUAAUUCCAGUAAAGAUUUUCAUCCCGAUCUUUAUAUCCAAGUAUACGAUUGGACCAAGACCUUUGAGAAUAAUAUACAGGACAGUACCAUAUCGGUAAUCAUUUAACAUUUAUUUUAUUUUAUUAUUUUUAUUAUAAUUUUUGGAAAUUCUAAAAGCAAAACAGUAUAUACUUAAUCCGUGCUAAAAUUGGUUACAAUAAUAAACGUAAAUAAACAAUAAUAGUACCUAUCUUUCUACCUAGAUAUAAAGGUACUUUAGCAUUUUAGGUUACUAUUUACGUCUAUAGGGAGCUAUACAUAAUAUAGCCGCAUGCAAUACCUAUCCUACCCUAAUCCAUUUAGAGGAGACGUUCUAAAGUGUACUAUUGUGUAUUUCAAGAAAUCCAAUUUACUAUUGUGAAUUAAUGUAGUAAAUGAAAUUUUUUUAGACAAAACCAAAAUAUAUUAAACAAUGAGGAAAAGUAAUAUAUUUUGAAACCAUAAAAUUGAAUUUAAAUAUAUAAGCCAAAUCAAUUUCGUAGUAAUAAAUUGUGUGAAUACGAACCAUGUACAAUACAAUGCACAAAAAGCCCAAUUAAACUAAUUAAAAAUUUUUUUUAACUGAAAAUCGACGUCAUUAUUGUUAACUUAUCGUCCAUAUAAAAAAUUAGUCAAACGUAACUUAAAUCACUAAGAUCAAAAGAACGGCUGGUUAUAGACAGUUUCCUUCAAAAACGAGAUUAGUUGUGAGAUCAUUUUUUCUCCUACUCACUUUGUAUACAUUUUUCAUAUAAUAUUUUGCACUAAAAUCGUCAUAGUCAUUCAUAGUCAAAUAGUACAUUUUGAUCUGAUUUGUUGAAUUCAAUCAAUUCUCCGCCAAUUUUCCUAUAUAUUUAUAUGUAUAAUUUAUUUUUCAAUCGUUUGGCAAUACUAAACUUUGAAAUGUUACCUCUCGUUACAUUCAACAGUAAAAAAAUUCACUAUUUGGAUCACUGUACAUUAACAAUUUUUACUUGGCUCGGGGAUAAACCCAAGGGGAGGGGAGCCUAGGGGCCCAGGUCUCCCUCAGACAUAUUAUUUCUACUAUUUAUUUUUUUUUAAUUGUAUAGAUCCUGAUAUUACUAUAUUCCAAUCACUCAUAUGUAUGAGAAAAUAAUAUACAUAAUGUAUUAUAUUACAUUUUAAUUGUAUUUUUGUAAACAAAUUGUUGCCCCCCCUAGAUCUUUAUCUGAAUCCGUGCCUGACUUGGCUGUAAGUAACUUUUAAUAAUAAAGCUAAACAGUGUUUUUUUUUUUUUGAAUUGAGUGUUCUAAAAACUUUAAUAAUCGUUAGUAUAUCAAAAGACAUCAUAAUAUUUCGAUUAAAAUUUGAUUUAAGCGACAAUCCUAUUUCAUUGACAAUGUUUAUAUUCAUAGACAUUGAAAAUUAACAACGAAAUUGUAAAUAUUACAAAAAUAAAUUUAACAAACUAUACUUUUAGUUGUCACCUAAAAUGAAAUAAUUUACAUCAGUGACGCAAACCGGGAGUAUAUUUUAGGUGUUUGGACCCACUGGAUCUGUAUUUAAAAAAUUUAAAUUUUUUUUAAUAUGUAGACAUGUGUUCCUACCCUCAAAAUAUUCUGGUUGCCCCACUUAUUUAUAUCAAUAUAAUAUCUUUGUCUAGGGGCGUCCAAAUCCCAUGGACUCUCUCCUCCCUCGUAAAUCCACCACUAAAACAAAACUAUUCUUGAACUUCAACCCUGACCCUCAACUAUAGAUGAGCUCAUACAUAACUAUAUUUAAAAUAAAAUCGAAUUCUAGUAAUUUGUUUGACAUUAAACUAUCUCACCACAUAAACGCCGUCCCCCUCCCACACAUUCAGUGGCGUGCCCAAGAAUUUUCAAUCGGAUGGCAUACAGCAAAUAAGAAUCGUGAAUAAAUCGUAAAAUCGCCUUCUCUGUUAAACUUGACUAUGAUAAUUAGUAAUUUAAAAAAGCCUAAAAAAGCUAAUUUCUAAUCUAUAAAUCAAAUUCUUUCUCGUAACUUGGCUGAAAUAUAUGUUAUUAAAUUGCUUAUAUUUUUUUGUAUUUUUAAGCCAAUGGGGUGGAGGGAAUAACCCUUUACCUGCCCCUCCCCUGUGCACUCCACUACAUAUGUCUAUAACUACCUAUUUAAUGCUCUUGUUAUUUUUCAGAUUGUUACUAGGAGUUGCUUCCGCCGGACUAGUCUACUAUACACCGUAUUUUACUAACGACAAUAGCAAUAGCAAAUCGAUUUACUUUUUCGUCAUCUUCGAAUUUUAUCGUGUUUCGAGAUUAGUAAGUAUAUUUUUCGACAGCAAUAUUAUAGGUACAAAUUAGAUAAUGUGUUCAACGGCAGUAAACACCCAUAUACCCAAUUGAUUAUUUUUUAUAUUUUGGAUUGUGAAUUGAAUUGCUACACGUCUUGUCGGUCGAAUUUGCCAUAUUCCUGGGAUCUACACCCAAAAAUCUAUAAAUCAAUAGAAACAACAAAAAAUAUUUAAAACAGUUUUAACAUCGUACUUAAAAUGAUUAUGAUUAUUUAUAGUGUAUACAUACUCAUUCCUACAUAAUCAGUUUUUGUUCACACUAAGUACGAGAAAUCCCCACAUCCUGUAACUCAAAACUAUAAUAUAAUGACUAGUAAGCUGUUUAUCUUUAUUUAUUAUUAUUUGAUUAAUCAACACAUUAAAACGUUCGGAAAAGUAUUUUUUUAAAAAUAAUAUCAUACGAGCCAUAGUCAUCGUAUAGAUAUAAAUAGAUAUAAAUUAGAUAUAAAUAAUUGUUAUUCGAAAAUUGGAAACUUACAGAGUAUUUUGAUAAAUAACCAGCAAAUAGAAAUGUCUAGAAAUUAUAAUUUAUAUAUUAUUUAGUCUUUCCGUUCUGUAUAUUAUUAUAACGGUAUACGUAUAUCUCCUACAUAUUUUUUUUCUUUUUUCCUCGUCUUUUUCUCACCUAUUUUGUAUUAGCCAACUCAGUCCUAAAUUACUACUUGGCUCGAUUUCCCACAUCAUCUAUACGCAUCCCAUAUCCCAUAAGUACUCAUAUGACUUACAAUUGCGUCUCACGAUCUCCUUUUCAGUCUUCAUUUUCCCCUACUACGUCUAUAGAAAUUCAUAAAAUUACUCGUAUUACAACCGUUAACUUAUCUUUUCUCAUCACAUAUCCGAACUACCUCAGUUUCUGCUUUCCCAUAUUAUCAACUAUCGAAAAAAACGUCUAUGUCUACACCUACUUCUGAUAAACUGAUGUGUAAAUUCAAAAUUCCAAAAUUCUUUAUUAUUGAUUUUUUCUAAUGACUCUAUUCAUCUCAGCUUAGAUUUUCUGUUAUACAUUUAUGACAAUUUCUCAAUGUGUUUUGCAAGUACCACACUAAAUCGUCUGUCUCACCGUUACAAUUCUGAAAAAUAUACCUUUCGACCUAAUUAGAUUCAUUUUAUUACACAGUAUCUCUUUCCACUCCAUCCAACCACAUAUAAUUUAUUUAAUUGUAUAUUUCGCAUCCAUGGUUCUUUAAUAUUACUUAAUAUUAUUUAGUAUUGAUUUUUAUAUCAUAGUGAUGGUGUCGAAAGGGUUUUCUAAUUUGGUGAUUUUAUCAUUGUGCCUCACAGAUGAUGUCGGUGAUCGUGUUCCUAGGCGUGCAGUCGUUCUUCUCACGGAUCAGUGACCCACACAUAGGUGGCACGUACAUGUCGCUGCUUAACACGGUGUGGCACUUGGGAAUGGCCAUUGCCAGGAUUGCGGCGCUUGGGAUGCUCAACUCGCUGACGUUCAAACGGUGUUCGGAGGACGGCACUAACACGUGUCGGUCCAAAACCGAGAUCAUGGUAACAUAAUUAUUUCUAUACGCUUAAUAGUUAAAUUUUGGGGAAAAAAAAUAUACGCCUGAUCAUUAAAAAAUUACGAAUCUAAUAGUUAACCUUACAAAGAUUUAACUGUUACCAUGACUGAACCUAUAGACCUACGCAGGCAUGAGGACCUUUAGAAUUGCAUAUAUAUUAUUUAUUUUUUUAUUCGUCUUAUAUAAAUUAAACAUCAGAAUGGUAAUAUAUAGAUAUGAAAUAUAUAAUAAUAAUGAUGCUAAUAAUUGAUGAGUGAUUAAUAAGAAAAAAAUUAAAGUAAAGAACAAACAAAACAUAAAUAUAUUUUAUAUAUAUAAAGAGAUAGAUUACCAUAAAAUCGAGCAUGUGAUGAAGGAUAUUAUAUCUAUAUAAUAUUAUCUGUGGGAUGUGGGUGUUAUCCAUGACUGCGCGUUUAUCGAUAGUAGCUAGUAUAAUACAAAACGAUUUUAUCGGCAGUAUAAUAUUUUGUUAUUAUAUUCAUAAUAUUCAUGUAAUUUGCACCAGCAGUAAGUAUAAACUAUUUCUAUUUUAAUUUAAAGACGUAGAAACUUGACAUUUUAUGACAUUUGUAGAUUUUUAAAUUUAAUUAUGCAUCUAAGUUGAAAUUUAAAAAACGAUCUUUAUCCGUAUGAAAUCUAUAUAGUCCGUAUAGAUCGUAAAUAUUAUAAUAUAGUCUUAUUAUUUACCUACACUCAAAUAAGUCGAUUAAGGCACAAUUUAUAUACAUUCUUGUAUUUCAUAUAUGCUCAUAUAUUUAUUUUUUGAUGAGUAAAAGUAGAUAUAGAUACCUUCAGUACUGGCAAUACUUCUAAUGAUGUUGAUGUAAAAUAAUUUGAACUUUCUGCUGAUGUACAAGAAGUAAAUGUUACCGAAGAUUAGAAUACCUCGACUGAAUUAAUAAAAGCAUUCAACUAAACUGUGUCUUUUACAAUUAUAAUUGGUAAUUAUACCUAACCAUGCAAAUUAAAAUAGUUGUGUUUUAAAUCUGUAACUUAUUUUUAAGUUUAUUUGUACAACCAAUGGUUAGUAAUAGAAUAGAAUAGAGUGAGUAGCACCUAUAGUCUAUAGAUCACAUGUGUUUAUGAACUAGUUUUUUUUCCUAGGGGGUUUCAGCACUUUCCAUUUUUUUUAUCGAAAUUGCGCCCCUGAAUCAACGAUUAACUUUAAAACGGUGAGGUCAGUUAAAAUUUGUCAAUUCAUGAAAAGCUGCUGUCAUUUUUCAUAAGAAUAUUUCUAUAUGAAAAAGAAAACACUGAAAAAUAGGUAAGUUUCUUUUUUACCUUUUGUUAGAUAUAUUGAUGCACAAAAAUUUUGUAUGAUAUAUUGAUGUGAGGUAAACGGACAGUAUGCAAAUAAUAUACUGCCAUUGAUGCGUAAAUAAUGUACGAGUUUUUGGGGCAGGUAAACAAACGAUACGCAAAUGAUAACUACCGGUUUUGCUAUAAUGUGUACUUAUUUUAUAUUUUUUAUCUAUUAAUAACAUUUUUACCAAAAAUUUUGUUUUGAUCAACAUCGGGGAUGGUUCUAGUAGCAAAUUUUGUCUUGUUGUUGUCUACAUGUUUAACUGAACUUCAGAAUUGUUUUUCGUUUAUGAUUUAUCGUUAUGACUUAUGUACCUAUACAUACAUAAAUUAAAAUACCCUAUGUAAUAUAGAACAUUUAUAUUACCUUCCUAAUUUCCAACCUAUAAUCGUGACAUUAAUGCGAGUGUCUAAAUAUUAUAUAAUAUAAUAUACAUUUUCCUCUCGUGCUCGAUUUAAUAAUAAUUAUAAUCAUUUCUAUUCUAAUGGCCAUUCUUUCUGCCAUAGUUUCACUCACUAUAGACGUUGUUGAUGCGGAACGCAAAACAAUAUUUAACAAACCACGUGAUACAUUUUGAAUACUACAGUCAAUGAAAUUGACGUGGGGGUAUUCGAAUACAAUUGUAUUAUAUUUUAAUAAUAUUAUAAUACUUUAUCAAACCCUGAAGAAUCACAAAGAUGAUGAUUUAUAAAACAAGUACACCUAUUUCUUAUAUGAAAGGAAUAGCCUAUAUAAUAUAAAUGGAUAGAUAAAAAUUAAUUUACGCUGUAUAGUGUAUAGGUAAUUCAAGCGUGCGCACUGAUAUUGCCUGAAAAUAUUAACAAUUUGUAUUUAUUCAAAAAUAUUAACGAAAAUUGUAAAAGAUAUUCACAUCCUGCUUUUUAUUUUUGAAUUGCCUGAUGUGAACUAAAUUUGUUUGGCUUUGUAAAAAUAUUCAAAGACUAGGUUCAUGUGAAAUAUUGUUUUUAAAAAUAUCGAUAAUCCGUAUUGCAUUAAACAAAUAAUAAACACUCAAUAAUUAAAAACACCUAAUAUAAUUUCAUGUUUGUUAUUGACAACACAAUUUGACGUAAUUACUGACUCAGAUCUUUACAGCGUACAUCAAAGAUAUAUACCUUUUUCUUUCCUAUGAACUCCACCAGACCCGGGGUGACCGCGUUAGCGCUACUUCCGCCGGCUUAGUACACUCUCUAGGCAGAGCCAUCUACCAGAGGACAAAAAAGUUUAGUCAGACAGCCGCGCGAUGCCAUCGUCAACUCCUAAAAAAUAUAUUACAUACCUAAACCUGAUCACUGCCUAAUCUUGAUCACUUAACCUAAAUAUACUUAAAUUAAAAUAACCUUAACUAGCUGAUCUUUACAAUUUAUGUAAACAAUUAACACACACAUUUUAGUGGUCUAAAUUCAUGAAGAAUCAAAUCGCUUAGAGCCUUAGAUAAUUUGUCUAUUAAUUUGUCUGAUAAACUGUCUUCACAGCAUCCGCCAUCAUCACUGAAAAUUGGCAUUGGGUUAAUUUUGUUUUUUUUUUUUUAAUUUCCAUAGCAAUGCCGAAAAUACGACAGUGGUGAGUGCAUAACUAUCGUGGAUGGUUACUUCAUCGAAGUGUCCAUCUGUACGGUAUGCGGCAUAGUUUGGUAUCUGCUACAGAGAAAAAGCCUCAAAAGGUUACAGUCGAGACCGAUAGAAGAGUGGCAAGUUGACCACAAUAUUCGGGAUGAAACGAAGAUUUGCAACUUACCCGACCUGGUCGGUCCAAGACUACAAGUUGGCUCCAGUGAUGAGCCAAAUUAAAGUCUUAGUUUAAACUUUUGUUUUUUUCAAACCACCCUACAGCGGACUCUGGCCGCAUCACGUGAUAAUUGUACAGAAAAUAAUAUUAUCUAAUGGUUAAUAUAUUGUAAUAAUAAUAUAAUAUACUGUAUAGGUUACCUAACUACUACUAAUAGGCAAAACUAAGCGCUUAAUUUAAAAACGAAAUCGGUUUAAUGCGCUCACCCUGUGUGAUUUAUAGAAUUUGAACCGUUGUGUAGAAAUAUUCAACGGAAAUUAUACCAUCGUACUAUUAACGAUGUUGAAAAUAAAAUAAAAAUAUAUGUUUGUUAAAAAUGGUUC